UGCUCGUGCACUUUGCUCGGGCUUAUAAGCGCGUUCACAUUGGGUAUCCAGUGUGUGAGCGAGACCGACGAUUCAUCAUCACAGUCCAUUCAGUUUCCAGAGUGACGCUGACCUACUCAGAGCUUCACCAUGGCCUCCGGUGUGAAAGUCACAGAUGAAGUUAUCGCCAUCUUCAACGACAUGAAGGUCCGUAAGGCUCAGGCGAACGAGGAAGAGAAGAGGAAGAGGAAGAAGGCCAUUCUGUUCUGCAUGAGCAAGGACCUGAAGAACAUUGUCCUGGAUGAAGGCAAAGAGAUCCUGCUGGGAGACUUGGGCACCACCGUCACCGACCCCUACCAGCACUUUGUGAAGAUGCUGCCCCCCGACGACUGCCGCUACGCCCUGUACGACGCCACCUACGAGACCAAAGAAACCAAGAAGGAGGAUCUGGUCUUCAUCUUCUGGGCUCCAGAGAGUGCCCCUCUCAAGAGCAAGAUGAUCUAUGCCAGCUCAAAAGACGCUAUCAAGAGAAAGUUUGAAGGUAUUAAGCACGAGUGGCAGGUGAACGGUUUGGAAGAUCUGAAGGACCGGCAAGCUCUGGCAGAGAAGCUCGGAGGCUCGUCAGUAAUCAGCCUAGAAGGAGCCCCUAUUUAAAUAUCGCCCACCCCCCCUCUCUCCUCUCUUGCUUCGAUUGAGGCCUUUCAGACACAUCUGUUGGGUUUAGCAGUUCAUUCCAGUGUGGUAUGGUGAAGGGCAGAAACGGCACUAUUUGCGGGACUCUCGGGUGGGAUAUUGUGGGCGGGCUUUGGGUCAUGUGACAGUAAACUAAAAAGAGAGAAAUUCCACAAAUGACUGUCAUUCCAGUUCAUGCAACAUAAAGAAUAUGAACAAAACACACAAAAGGAACAAAAUUAAGAUCCAACAGAGGAAGGAGGAUGAUGUUAAAACUUAAAUACACAUAUUGUUCAUGUUCAGGGUUCUGUUAUUAUUUUCUGGGUUCCAUUUGAAUGAUUGCAGAGAAAGGGUCAGACAAUAACCUUUUUAGUUUUCCAACCAUUCAGUCCUGACAAAUAAUCGUUCCAACUACAUUCUUUUUGCCAAACUUCUAGUUAAGUUUUGUAAGUGUGUGUGUAGUUGAGACUAGUUGUAGUAUGAACUAAUCACAAGUUGUAUCAAAAACCUUCUCUGGGGGGAAACCCGGUUAAAUAUAUAUAUUUUUGCGUUUUGUUAUUCCAUUUUGUUUGUUUUUGAACAUGCAAAUUCAAAAAUUUGAGUGAUUCGUUUUUAUUUCCAGUUCAGGUUCAAUAUCAUGGCAUUUGAUGUAGUUAACAGACAACAUUCCUUGUACUUGUUGAAGCGGGGAUCUCCUUGAAUUAAAAUUGUUGGUGUUAUGAAGGCCUGAUGGGGAGCGAUGUGUAAAUGGAAGACCAGCGGUCUAAGUUUAGACUGAAAAGUGAAUGGUGGGUGUUUUGUAUCGUCUCCUUAUCUCUAAUAAAAAGCACUAAACUACUGA